UUUUAGAAAUAUUAGAAAUUUAAUUAUGCUCCUGUAUGUAAGUUUAGUGAACUUACUUCUACCAUUGUCUGUUGGAGCUGUAAAUCCAGUACUUAUAGGAGUUUUAGUAAAGGUUGGUGUGGAUGUUGCUUUACAACAAAUUGAUGAAGUUUGGAAAGGAGAUGCUGUGAGAGAUUGGAAAUGUGCCGUAGAAAACAGAUCUAAUAAAACUCUUAUUGCUUUAGGAACAACACAAGAAUCAGGAAGUAUGUCAACAACUUUUGCUGAUAUUCCUCCAGAAAAUACGGGUGUGUUUGUAUGGGAAAAAUCUAGAGGAGCUGCAACAGGGGCAGCAGGCGUUGUUCAUUACAAAUAUGGCAACAAAAUUCUUAAUUUAAUGGCAUCUAUUCCUUACGACUGGAACUUAUAUAGUUCUUGGGCUAAUGCACGCCUAUCGAAUAAAAAAGAGAGUUUUUAUGAUUUGUAUAAUGGAAAAAAUGGCGCUAAAAGCCCUACUAAAGGCGGAAAUUGGGGUGAAGUUGAUGGAGCAAAGUUUUUCUUAACUGAUAAAAGUCAUGCUGAGUUCAAAGUAAUUUUUUCUGGAUAAGGUGAUUGAAAACUAAACGAUCUUUGAUUUGAAAAUAUUUUUUGAAUGUAUAACAUUAUUGUUUGUUGCUUUAUUGCAAUAGUAUAGAAUAUUCUUAAA